UCAUUUUUAGCUUAAAAAACAUUAAUAUUAAACAAAGUUUAAAUUUAAUUAGAAAAAACAAACCAUUCGAUUAAGUAAAUAAAUGAAUAAUAAUUAAUAAAAAAAAGUGUGAAAUAAAAUUAUACUUGAGAAAAAUGCUAAAGGGUAAAGGACAACGAUCCUUUGAGGAAGUAUGGCCUGAUAUGCGUAUUAUUGUUCUGAAACUUUUGAAGCAGGAAACAGUAUCACAAGUUGAGUGGCAGGAUUUAUUUUAUGGCGUCCAUUUGGUGUGUUUGUGGGAUGAAAAAGGAGCUGCCAAAAUCUACGAUUGUCUGCGCAAUGAUGUGGUGGAGUUUAUAGCCCAUGCCCAGCGAAAAGUGCAGUCACAACGCGGCGAACAUGCUUUGCUAACGACCUACAUAAUAGAAUGGCGUAAGUUUUUUACACAAUCCAGUUACCUGCCUUUGCCUUUUCGACAAUUGGAGCAUUGGUUUCAAUUGAAACAACCCUCCUCAAGCUGUUCAUCAACUUCCGCCUCAAGUUCCUCGGCAGCAGCUGCCUCGACAUCGUCGGCUGCCGCUGGCACCUCAUCAUCGUCUUCAGCUAAUAACAAUAAUAAUAAUAACAACAAUAACAAAAAGAAUCCCACCGAAGACAGUAUUGUUCGGAAACUAAUGUUGGAUUCUUGGAAUGAGCACAUUUUUAAAGACAUCAAAGAUCGUCUACAAGAAUCGGCAAUGAAAAUUGUACAUGCCGAGCGCAACGGUGAUGCCUACGAUGCCCAGCUGGUGAUUGGUGUUAGGGAAAGCUAUGUUAAUCUCUGUUCUAAUCCCGAAGAUAAACUACAGAUCUAUAGAGAAAACUUUGAGGCAGCUUAUUUAAAAGCCACGACUUCAUUUUAUCGCCUUAAGGCCACAGAACAGCAACAGGCGAAUGGCGUCUUGGCCUUUAUGAAAUAUGCCGAUUCCAAAUUAAAAGAGGAGGAAUCAAGGGCUAAACGUUAUUUGGAACCCAGCAGCUAUGCCAUAUUGGCACAAACUUGUGUUAAGGUUUUGGUGGGCGAUCACAUGAACACCAUUAUAGCCGAAUGUGCGCCGCUCAUCAAAGAAUACGAAACAGAUCGUUUGAAUCUAAUGUUUCGUCUCUUGGAUCGUGUACCCAAUGGGGUGGAUACUAUGUUACGUGAUUUGGAAAAUCAUAUUGUUUCAGCUGGCCUAGCCGAUAUGUUGUCCGCCUCUGAAAUCAUCACUCAAGACUCGGAAAAAUAUGUAGAACGUCUACUCGAACUAUUUACCAAGUUUAGUACUCUGGUUAAGAAUGCAUUCAACGAUGAUCCUCGUUUCCUAACGGCUCGCGAUAAGGCAUUUAAAACGGUAGUUAAUGAUACUAGUGUUUUCAAAUUAGAAUUGCCAACGGGUAUACAAAAUCGUGGUGUUAAAUAUACAGCUCCUGAGAGUAAAUGUCCUGAACUAUUGGCCAAUUAUUGUGACAUGUUGUUGCGUCGUACACCGCUGAGUAAACGCUUGACCAGCGAACAAAUUGAUGCACGUUUAAGAGAUGUUCUGUUGGUGCUGAAAUAUGUUAAUAAUAAGGAUGUGUUUAUGCGUUAUCAUAAAGUUCAUUUAACGAGAAGACUAAUAUUAGGUACUAGUGCUGACAGCGAAAAGGAAGAAGAUAUAGUUGAAUGGUUGCGUGAAGUUGGUAUGCCAGCCGAUUAUGUCAAUCGUUUAGCACGCAUGUUCCAAGACAUAAAAGUCAGUGAAGACUUAAAUACUCAAUUUCGCAAUUCGACUGGACGUCAUGAUGCCAUUAAUAUUAAAAUUCUUAAUGCCGGUGCAUGGGCUCGCUGUUCCGAACGUGUUUCGGUAAGUUUGCCUCUAGAACUGGAAGACUAUAUACCCGAUGUGGAAGAAUUCUAUAAGAAAAAACAUUCCGGCCGUAAACUUCAGUGGUAUCAUCACAUGAGUAAUGGCACAAUAACAUUUGUUAAUAAUUUUGGUCGCUAUGAUCUCGAUGUCACAACAUUUCAAAUGGCAGUACUAUUCGCUUGGAAUCAAAGGCCACAAGAUAAAAUAUCAUAUGAAAAUUUACGUUUAGCAACUGAAUUGCCAGAUCCCGAAUUAAGACGUACUUUAUGGUCUCUGGUACAAUUUCCUAAAUUGAAAAAACAAAUUCUAUUAAUGGAGCCGAAUUGUCCAACACCGAAAGAUUUUGCUGAGAAUACAUUAUUUUAUGUAAAUCAAGAAUUUGCAGUGGUUAAAAAUAAUAAAUCACAACGCAGAGGAAAGCUUAAUCUAAUUGGUCGCUUACAAUUAAGUACUGAACGUUCUAUACAAGAAGACAAUCAAUCUAUAGUUCAGUUGCGUAUACUACGUGUCCAAGAGGCCAUUAUAAAAAUAAUGAAAAUGCGUAAACGUAUGAAUAAUGCAACAUUACAGGCCGAAUUGAUUGAUAUUUUGAAAAACAUGUUUUUACCGUCGAAAAAAAUGAUUAAAGAACAAUUAGAGUGGCUGAUCGAACAUAAGUAUAUGCGUCGUGAUGAUGACGAUAUCAAUACUUUCAUAUACAUGGCUUAAGUAUAAUUUAUUCUAAAAUUUCUUUCUACGUUUAUUUUUUACAUAUUUAUAUACAUACAUAGUACAUACAUACAUCUACAGAUAGAGAGAGAAUCUUAAUUAAGAAUGCUCGGGUUAUUAAAUUUUACAUUUUCUUUUAAUUUAACAUUAGGUUUACAGUUUAUAUUUUAAUUUACUUUACACUUACACUCAAAUGAGAAAAACAAAUACCAUUAGAAGAACAAAGCAAUAGCAGAAACAUAAAUUACAGGGAAGGAAUAUUAAAAACAAAAGUAUAAAAUUCAAUAUAAAAAUUUAAAUUAAUUAAAUAAUGAAAAACUUGAUAUAGUAUAAUAAUAAACUGUAAGUGUAUAGAUGGGAAGGUUUUUAGUCUUGUUUAAAAAAAGAAAAGAAAAUAAAUAUGAUCUUAAAAAGGGAAAAUAAUAUUAAACAUCAAGACUUAAAGAAAAGUUGUGAAUAAAUAUAAUUAUUUCAUAAUAUAAUUCCAAAUUCUAAAUUAAACAUUUAUUUACUACUUCCAUACAAUACCACCACAAGAUUUUAUACUAUAUGUCCUUCCUCUUUAAAUACAAUUCGAUAUUAUCCUUCCUUUAACAUGCAAAAGAACACAAAACGAUUCUAAAGUUAUUAUGUAUUUCUCUUUACCCACUCCACAAAUAAUCAGUUCAUAAUUUAAGUAUCGGUAGUAUAUAGAUCAGAUUUUGCCUAUUUUUUUUAUUAUAAAACUACUUAUAAGGUUUAUAAUUUCUUAAAAAUAACUUGUUUUAUUUUUAAUUUUAAUAUUGUGUGUUGUUUUUUUUUCCUUUUCAUUAAGAACAUAUUCCUAAUUUUUUUUAUAAAUUUUAAGUGUUUGUGUAUUUAAAUUGUAAAUUAUAUAUAUUUUUUAAUAUCUUCCUUUUUCAACUUUAGCUUUUUUUAAUUCCACAUCUGUUCCAAUUAUGGUUGCUUAUUUUUAUUUUCGAAGAAAAAAAUUCACAAUUUAAUUGUAAUUUUUUUCUGUUAUAUUUUAAAAAUUGUAUACAUUUUAAUUUUUAUAAUUUAUAUUGCUUCAUAAAAAAAAAACUUUUUAAACAAACAAAAUCUUACGUUAUAUUUUAUUUUAUUCCUUAAACUUCUUACAAUCUUUAAUAUAAAUCCAAGAAAGAACAUCUACCAGGAAUUUUUCUGUCCUACUUCAUCUGAAACACAUCUGAAUUUUAAAACAAUUAUCCAAAUAUUUAUCUGAAAUGAUCAGAAAAUGUGUUACUUCAAAGUUUUAAAUGUAUCAGACAUACUCGUAAAGUACCGCGUUUAACUUGACAUAAAAACAAUGAUUUGACAUAAAAACAAUGAUUUCGGAAGAACAAAAACUUAAUAUUUUAAGUAAAUUGCAAUUUUCUGAUUUGUUUUGUUUUAUUAAUUAUUGUUUUAAAUGUUUAUUUAACAUUUUUCCAAAAUUUUCCAUUUUACAAAAGUAUUGCUUGCAAAAAACAUCUGUUCAUUGUUUAUGUUUUUGAAUGAAAACUUGACAAUACUAACAAAGUUAAUUGAGCUUUAAUCUUAAACUGAGUUAAACUAGGUUUAACUUGCUGUUAGAUUAAACUCGGAACAAAUUUAGGCGGACUUUAACCGAUAAUUGUGUUUUUCAGUUAUGGAUUUAAGUUCAGUUAACUUUGUUAGUAUUGCCAAAAAC